AUGAACCCCUCUGGAAGCACAGCAGAGAUAAAGGUGGUGAUAGUUGGAGAUGGCGGCUGUGGGAAGACCUCUCUGCUGCUGGUGUUUGCUAAAGGAGACUUUCCAGAGACUUACGCCCCAUCUGUGUUCGAGAAAUACAACACAACGAUAACAGUGGGAGGAAGUGGAGUAAGACUGAACCUGUACGACACAGCAGGACAGGACGACUACGACAGGCUCCGCCCCCUCGCGUACCAAGAGGCUGACGUCAUUCUGGUUUGUUUCGAUGUGACGAACCCCACGAGCUUCGAAAACGUCCUGGUUAAGUGGUUUCCAGAAGUGAGGCAUUUCUGUGGAGACGCUCCUUUGAUCCUCAUCGGCUGCAAAACGGACCUCAGGAACGAGGACGAGUGCCUGAGGAAGCUACGGGCCUCCACCUUAGAACCCGUCACCUACACACAGGGGGAAGACGCCUGCAGACAGAUGAAUGCAGAGGUUUAUCUCGAGUGCUCGGCAAAAUUUCAAGAAAAUGUGGACGAUAUUUUCAAAGAAGCUUCAAGAAGAGCUUUGGUCUUCAGGAAGAAGAAGAGGAGGAGACACAAGAGGAGGUGUCAGGUCCUGUGA